CUCAGUUUCUUUGAUAACACGACCUCCGUGCUCUGUGACGUCACGUCAACAGUCCAGAAAAUGGGUGAUCAAGACUUGAACAUCGAUUUACUUAUUAGCAAACUUCUCGAAGUUCGAGGAUGCCGACCGGGGAAAAUCGUCACCAUGUCCGAGGCGGAGGUGCGCGGACUCUGCCUCAAAUCCCGGGAGAUAUUCCUCAAACAGCCGAUCCUCCUGGAGCUGGAGGCCCCUCUUAAAAUAUGCGGUGAUAUACAUGGGCAGUACACAGAUUUAUUGAGAUUAUUUGAAUAUGGAGGUUUUCCUCCUGAGGCUAAUUACCUUUUCCUUGGAGAUUAUGUUGACCGAGGGAAACAGAGUUUAGAAACUAUCUGCUUACUACUUGCAUAUAAAAUCAAAUAUCCAGAAAAUUUCUUCCUUCUUAGGGGUAAUCAUGAAUGUGCUUCAAUCAAUAGGAUAUACGGUUUUUAUGAUGAAUGCAAAAGGCGAUACAAUAUUAAAUUAUGGAAAACAUUUACGGACUGCUUCAAUUGCCUACCGAUUGCAGCUAUCAUCGAUGAGAAAAUAUUUUGCUGCCAUGGCGGAUUGAGUCCGGAUCUGCAAUCAAUGGAACAGAUAAGUAGAAUAAUGAGGCCAACCGAUGUUCCAGAUACAGGUCUGUUAUGUGACCUCUUGUGGUCUGACCCAGACAAGGACGUUAAAGGCUGGGGGGAAAAUGACAGAGGUGUUUCUUUUACAUUUGGAGAUGGAAUUGUAUCGAAAUUUCUUGGAAAACACGAACUUGAUCUAAUAUGUCGAGCACAUCAAGUUGUGGAAGAUGGCUACGAAUUUUUUGCCAAAAGACAGCUUGUAACUCUUUUCUCGGCCCCUAACUAUUGUGGAGAGUUUGAUAACGCUGGUGGUAUGAUGUCAGUCGAUGAGACAUUAAUGUGCUCUUUCCAGAUUUUGAAGCCAUCAGAAAAGAAAGCAAAAUACCAAUAUGGAGGCAUGAACUCUGGGCGCCCUUCUACUCCUCCACAGAAAAAAUAGGGUUUGUCAAGAAUUGCAAUGUUCUGCGGGAUAAAACGAUACAAACAGAUAAAACAGGAGCCAGAAGCAAUUUGAAAACGAUAUUUUUUUUUGAAUUUUUUUUCUUUUACUGUGAUUACAAACUCAUGCAAGGCAUUUGUUUGGUAAAACAUAACAAA